AUGGUGGCUGAUGGUGUUGGACUUGGUGCUCCCGCCACCGGCGUGGGCGGAGCCGCCAUUGGUGCUGCUGUUGGAGCAGGCUUUGGGCGUGGCUGGAGCUUGAGACCGCCAUUGCUGAAUUUUCUUAAGAAACCGUUCAAAGUUUUCAAUUCUCUCUCACUUCUUCAUCGUUCACAAAGCCACGAUCGCCCAGACUCGGUAAUUCCGAUCACUCUACCGCACAACGCUCCGAUUCCGAUUCCGAUAGCGGCAAUCAAGAAAAGUUGGCAAGAUUCAUCUCAACUAGGUACCAUGUCGAAGAUUUCCUUCCAUAUGUUGCUUCGAAUAAUACAACCCCAAAUUAACAAGGACAAAUCUGUGCAAGUUCGCGGUCUUGCCUUAAGACUCGAGAAACAUGAGAUCUCUAGAGAUGUUUUUUUGCAUAGUCUGCGAAGUAUUGUGGGGGAACAUUUGUUAAAUUCAGCCCUGUAUAAGGGUGAUUCCAAUGAGUUACAGUCACUGCCUCAGGCCUCCGUGCAACAAAUGUCACCGACACAAAUAAAAACAGAUUUAAUCAGAUCGGAUGAGGUGGAAAACCAAGCAGAUUUAUUGCAAGUGCAAGAAUUAGUUGACCUGACAAAUGAAAAACACAACAAAGCUGAGAUAUCUUCUGCACAGACUUUGUUUCCUUCGUCUUCUGCACAGAUAAGGCAGGGCUAUGAGGCUCCAGGUAAUAAUUUGAAGGAUGAAUAUUCAAGCAUGCAGUCAUCUGAAAUGGGAUUAAUGCCACCUCCAAUGCCGGUUGCGACCAGUGUUUCGUCAAAGUCUUUGAUGCAUUCUCUUACAUCUUCGAUUGAGCCUGAAACUAGUUCCAAGGCUAUUCCGAAGAAGACUUCUGUUGGCAAGAAGAAGACUUCUGUUGGCAAGAAGAAGUCAACAAAAGAACGUGUUGUUUCAUCACCCCCAUCAAGUAAGAAGCAAAAAUUGUCGUGUGGAGCUUUUCCAAGCAUUAAAGAGCUCAAUGAUGUUACUGCACUAAGUGGAAUUGAUAUUAGGGAGGAAGAAGAACACCUCUUCUCUAGCCCCAAAAAAGGCAGCCGGGUUUCAGAGACAUCUCUACUAAUUGUACAAGAAGAAGAAAAUAUGAUUUUGCAUAAGAUUCCACUUCAGAAGAAAUUGAUGGAAACAAUUGCAAAACGUGGUUUAACGAAAAUAAGCAACGAUGUGGAGCGAUGCUUGUCUUUGUGUGUUGAAGAGAGAAUGCGGGGACUCAUAUAUAAUCUCAUCAAAGUAUCGAAAAAGCGCAUGGACACAGAGAAGACAAGUCAAAGAACUGUAAUCACUUCAGAUGUCAAGCAACAGAUUAUGUCAAUAAACCGUAAAGCCGAUGAAGAACAGGAGAGGAAAGAAGCUGAAACUCAAACCUCAGAAAAAUUAAAUUUACCUGAGGGUACUACUGGAGUUGAUGGUGACAAAAAGCGUGAAAGUUGUGCAAGAUUAGCUAAGGCUGCAAAUAUGGCCGUCCGAGCUGCUACUGGGACUACUGAUAUGAUGUCAAGAUGGCAAUCAAUGAUUGAGGCCAAGCAGAAACAACAAGGAAUCGAUAAAUCUGGUAAAGAUGUAAUAAAUAUAAGCAAUCAAGAUGGAUCGGAAGUUUCUGGCACCCCUGCACUGGAUAGGAAAAUUGGACAAAUUGAAGUGAUGGUGCCACAGGUUAGACGGUGCAGCAUCACGGUUAAGGAUGUGAUUGCCGUCUUAGAAAGAGAUCCGCAACUGUCGAAGUCUACAUUGAUAUACAAAUUGUACCUAUUCUACACUUGACAAAUUACUAACACCAUAUCAUCAUGUAUAGACUAGCAAUCCCGAUUUCUUUUUCCUCCCAUUAUCGAUCGUGUAUCGUAAAUCCAUCAAUCUACUCUAAAGUUGAUACAUACCUUCAAAUGCUGACACCAUGUCUUUUAUAGUGAGCAACUCCACCUAUACUAAAUAUAACUAAUAGUUACAAGUUGUCAUCAAUUGUAUUAAAUAUUUUUUUUUUAUGGAUCCUUUUGUUGAAUGGCAUUUUGAUUUUGAAUUUAA